AUGUACGUUUCUGCUGUCUUCGUUGACUUCAAGAUCCGACCGGCAGCAGUAAAGAAGGGAGAAAUUGCCGUUUGCAGCACUUCUUCCCAAGCUGCAGCAGUAGCAGCAACUACUACAGGAACGACAAAGACAACAAUACCUAUUCAAUGGCAGCAGAAGAAGGGCGGAGGCGAUCGCAAAUUCUACCUCAAUCACCAAGCUUGCUACUUCUAUCUCUACUGCCUCUGUCAUUAUCACCACGAGAAUGGAAUUGCCGCUGAUUUCAGCCUGAUUCCAUCCUUUCCUUCAUCUUCUCUUAAAUGA